CAUCAGAGUGGUUAGAGGGAACUGUGUGGUGCACAGUGACGGGCCCAACAUGGCUGCCCAUCGGAUCAGAGCCACCACCACCAACAACCCUACUCUACCUCGCUGCAAAUCAGAGGGGACACUCAUCGAUCUCAGUGAAGGAGUGUCAGAAGCCACUCUCACAGAUGUCAAAGUGCCUUCUCCCAGUGCCUUACGACUGGAUGCCACUGCCUCUUUUGGCACUGCCAGGGAAGUUGUUGCCAUAAAGGACUAUUGCCCAUCUAGUUUCACCACUCUCAAGUUCUCCAAAGGGGAUCGCCUUUAUGUUCUUGAUUCAUCGGGUGGAGAGUGGUGGUAUGCCCACAACAACACAGAGAUGGGCUACAUCCCUGCAGCAUAUGUGCAGCCUAUCAAUUAUAGAGACUCGUCUUUCAGUGACAGUGGGAUGAUUGACAUGGUGGGAGACGGUAGUGAGGAGGCGGCUAAAGAAAUGGAUCUUUUGGGAGAAUGGACAGGAGUGAUUUUGAAACCAACCACCUUCCAAAAUGGAAAUCCUUUUGCAACAUCCCAUACCUCUACAAACCCUUUUCUAAAUGGGGGACAUCAGAGAUCACUUGAUCAGAACAGCAAUGAGAAAUGUGUUGAUCUUCUUCUGUUUGAUACAUUCUCUUCACCCAGUUCAACCAGAAAUGCUGCAGACAAUGACUUUAGUGGUAAUAUCUUUAAGUUGAACCCUCUUAGUCCAACUGUGGGUGCAGGGCAAACAUUACACAGAGACAACCCAUUUUUUAGAAGCAAACGGUCCUACAGUUUGUCUGAAUUGUCCAUUCUUCAGGCUCAGACAAAUGCCCCUGAAUCCACCACUGGUUUCUUUGGAGGACUCAAAGCACCAGCACCAGAACAGUUUCAGAGCAGGGAGGAUUUUCGUACAGCCUGGCUAACCCACCGCAAGUUGGCCAGAUCCUGCCAUGACCUGGAUUCGUUGGGUCAUAACCCAGGUUGGGGUCAAACACAGCCAGUGGAGACCAACAUUGUAUGCCGUCUGGACAGCUCAGGAGGUGCUGUCCAACUUCCUGACACCAACAUCAGCAUCCACAUACCUGAGGGCCACGUUUUACAUGGGGACACACAACAGAUCUCAAUGAAAGCUCUGCUUGACCCACCUCUGGAGCUCAACAAUGAUCGCUGUACUACUGUCAGCCCUGUGGUAGAAAUCAAACUUAGCAACAUGGAAACCAAAACUACCAUUACCUUGGAGAUGAAAGUAUCUGUUGUGGUAAAAAUGGAGAGUAGGCAGACAACCAAAGUCUUAUGUGUCAGGAGUGAUUGUAAAGAGGGACCUUAUACUCCUAUUCCUCAUUCAUACAUGUAUGAGAACACAGUUCAGGUGUGCCUAGACAACCUUGAACCAUGUAUUUAUGUGUGUGUGGUGGCCCAGGCUCAGUCCAUCCCUCCAGACUCCACAGUCUGGGAACAUGUAGUCAAAAAAAUCACCUUAGGAGUAUAUGGUCCAAAACAUAUUCACCCAUCCUUCAAAACAGUCAUUGCAAUGUUUGGCCAUGAUUGUGCCCCAAAUACUCUUCUGGUGAAUGAGGUUGGAAAACAGGCACAGUCUGCCCCACCUGUUGUGCUGCAGCUUUGGGGUAAACACCAGUUUGUAUUGUCCAAACCACAAGAUCUAGAUGUUGGAGUUUACUCCAACAUGGCUAACUAUGAAGUAAAGGCUAGUGAACAGGCCAGAGUUGUUCGGGGCUUUCAGGUUAAGCUAGGCAAAGUUAGCCGGCUGAUUUAUAUAAUUUCUUCACGCAUUGCUGAAGAUGUUUCUGAUUUUACCUUAAGAAUCCAAGUCAAAGAUGAUCAAGAUUGUAUACUUGCUCAGUUUUGUGUACAAACACCAACACCACCACCCAAGACAGGCCCAAAGACAUCAGUGCAACGUCGAUUUCUGAAGAAGAAGGAAUUGGGGAAAAUAGUUUUGUCUCCUCUUGCUGUUGCCACCAAGUACCCAGUUUUCCAAGACAGGAAAAUAAACAACCUGAAGUUUGGGAAAUUAAUCAAAACUGUAAUCCGGCAAACAAAAAAUCAAUACUUGCUUGAGUACAAAAAAGGAGACUUUAUAGCUCUACUGAGUGAGGAGAAAAUUAAGCUGAAGGGUCAGUUGUGGACAAAGGAGUGGUACAUUGGAUAUUAUCAGGGCAAAAUAGGGCUUGUUCAUGCUAAGAAUAUUCUAGUGGUCGGUAAAGUUAAACCCAUUUAUUUUAAUGGGCCUGAUCUUACAACAUCAGUGUUAUUAGAGCAAAUUCUAAAGCCCUGUAAGUUCCUUACUUACAUUUAUGCCUCUGUAAGAACUGUACUGAUGGAGAACAUUGGCAACUGGCAAGUGUUUGCAGACGCCCUCGGAUAUGUCAACCUACCCUUGAUGCAUUUCUGCCGCGCUGAGCUGGACAGCGAACCAGAAAGGGUGGCAUCGGUGCUGGAGAGUUUGAAAGAGGAUUGCAACAAUGCCGAGAGCAAAGACAGGAAGUCCUUCCAGAAAGAACUUCUGACGGCUUUGUUGAAGAUGGACUGUCAGGGUCUUGUGGCCAGACUGGUCAUGGACUUUGUCUUGCUGACCACUGCUGUGGAGAUAGCUGGGCGAUGGAGGGAGCUGGCAGAGAGGCUCGUCAAAGUUUCACGCCAGCAGAUGGAUGCCUAUGAGGCGCCGCACCGUGAUAAGAAUGGGGUGGUGGACAGCGAGGCUAUGUGGAAGCCUGCAUAUGACUUCCUAGUCACGUGGGCUGCUCAGAUCGGUGACAGCUACAGGGAUGUGAUCCAGGAGCUGCACAUGGGGCUGGACAAGAUGAAGAACCCCAUCACCAAACGUUGGAAGCACCUGACAGGCACGCUGAUCCUGGUUAACUGCCUGGAUGUCCUGCGAAGCUCUGCUUUCAGCCCCGCUGCUCCAGAUGAUUACGCUAUCUGA